GCGCGCACGCUGCACGCGGCUCCGCCGCCCAUUCCCUCUGCUCGCUGCUCCGGCUCCGCGUCUGUGCUGCUCGCUGGCAGUUGAUCACUUUGUCAUUCCGAGCCUCCAUUCAAUUCCACUUGGGUUUGCGUGCACCUGCGAGACCUGCGCUCCCCUUAGGGGCACAGAUGGCUGUCUGAGGAGCCCGGUGCCUGGCCGCAGCCCGUAAGGCAGGGCUGCCGAGGACUUGCAAGGACCUAAGUUCCUGGACCCAUCCCAGAGCCCACAGCCUGCAGGGGAGCUGCCUUCCUGCCAUGGUCUUCGGGGGCCUCCCAGGCUGCUGCCUGCUCCCUGCACAUAGGAUGCUGGCACCUGUGUCCCGGUCCCCGAUACUCUUCUGCGGACCUACUGAUCCUUCCCUCCUCCAGUGGCAGGGACAUCAACGGAGCCACUCAUACCUGCAGGGGACCCUGGUGAAUUCUGUCAUGGUACAUUAAGGAGCCUCGUCUAGAAGUCCGAACUCGCAGUUCCCCGUCGUCGGGAAGGCUUGGACUCCAAGAUGAUCAUAAAGGAGUACCGGAUCCCUCUGCCCAUGACCGUGGAGGAGUACCGCAUCGCCCAGCUCUACAUGAUACAGAAGAAAAGCCGGAAUGAGACGUACGGCGAAGGCAGCGGCGUGGAGAUCCUAGAGAACCGGCCCUACACAGACGGCCCCGGGGGCUCAGGGCAGUACACGCACAAGGUGUACCACGUGGGCAUGCACAUCCCCGGCUGGUUCCGCUCCAUCCUGCCCAAGGCGGCCCUGCGGGUGGUGGAGGAGUCCUGGAACGCCUACCCCUACACCCGAACCAGGUUCACCUGCCCUUUCGUGGAGAAGUUCUCCAUCGACAUCGAGACCUUUUACAAAACGGAUGCUGGGGAGAACCCGGAUGUCUUCAGCUUGUCUCCCGUGGAGAAGAACCAGCUGACGACAGACCUCAUCGACAUCGUCAAGGACCCCGUGCCGCCCAACGAGUAUAAGGCAGAAGAGGACCCCAAGCUCUUCCAGUCGGCCAAGACCCAUCGCGGGCCCCUGUCCGACAACUGGAUCGAGGAGUACAAGAAGCAGCUGCUGCCCGUCAUGUGCGCCUACAAGCUCUGCAAGGUGGAGUUCCGCUACUGGGGCAUGCAGUCCAAGAUCGAGAGGUUCAUCCACGACACCGGCCUGCGGCGGGUUAUGGUGCGGGCCCACAGGCAGGCCUGGUGCUGGCAAGAUGAAUGGUACGGGCUGAGCAUGGAGAACAUCCGGGAACUGGAGAGGGAGGCACAGCUCAUGCUCUCCCGCAAGAUGGCCCAGUUCAACGAGGACGAGGGGGCCGCGGACCUCACCAAGGACCAAGAUGCCCAGGACCAGGCAGCCGGGGUGCCCCUGGAGCCCAGCAGCAGCAACGGGGAGCCCCUCGUGGGGCGCGGCCUGAAGAAACAGUGGUCCACGUCCUCUAAGUCAUCACGGUCAUCCAAGCGGGGAGCCAGCCCCUCCCGCCACAGCCUCUCCGAGUGGAGGAUGCAGAGUAUCGCCAGGGACUCGGACGAGAGCUCAGACGACGAGUUCUUUGAUGCACAUGAGGACCUUUCCGACUCGGAGGAGAUGUUUCCCAAGGACAUCACCAAGUGGAGCUCCAAUGACCUCAUGGACAAAAUUGAGAGCCCGGAGCCAGAGGACACACAGGAGAGUCUGUACCGCCAGAGUGGCCCUGAGUUCAGGGUGGCCUCCAGCGUGGAGCAGCUGAACGUCAUCGAGGACGAAGUCAGCCAGCCGCUGGCUGCGCCGCCCUCCAAGAUCCACGUGCUGCUGCUGGUGCUGCAUGGAGGCACCAUCCUGGACACAGGCACCGGGGACCCCAGCUCCAAGCAGGGGGACGCCAACACCAUUGCCAACGUGUUUGACACUGUCAUGCGCGUGCACUACCCCAGCGCCCUGGGCCACCUCGCCAUCCGCCUGGUGCCCUGCCCCCCUGUCUGCGCCGACGCCUUUGCCCUCGUCUCCAACCUCAGCCCCUACAGCCAUGACGAGGGCUACCUGUCCAGCAGUCAGGACCACAUCCCCCUGGCCGCCCUGCCUCUGCUGGCCACUUCUUCACCUCAGUACCAGGAGGCAAUUGCCACAGUGAUUCAGAGGGCCAACCUGGCCUACGGGGACUUCAUCAAGUCCCAAGAAGGCGUGACCUUCAGUGGGCAGGUCUGCCUGAUCGGGGACUGCGUUGGGGGCAUCCUGGCAUUUGAUGCCUUAUGCCACAGCAACCAGCCAGUGUCUGAGAGUCAGAGCAGCAGCCGCCGGGGCAGCGUGGUCAGCGUGCAGGACGCCGAGCUGCUGUCCCCGGGCGCUCUGGGGAACUCGGCGCACAGCACCAGUGGCAGCCGUGGUGGCUCCAACCUGGAGAGCAGCCGGCACCUGAGCCGCAGCAGCAUCGACAUCCCCCGCAGCGCUGGCGCCGAGGACUCCAAGAGGCAGCUGCCCCGCAAGAGGAGCGACUCGUCCACCUACGAGCUGGACACCAUCCGGCAGCACCAGGCCUUCCUGUCCAGCCUGCAUGCCAGCGUGCUGAGGAACGAGCCCGGCUCCCGUCGCGCCAGCAGCUCCACCAUGCUGGACGGCACCGGCACCCUGGGCAAAUUUGACUUCGAAAUCGCGGACCUCUUCCUCUUCGGGUGCCCGCUGGGGCUUGUCCUGGCUCUACGGAAAACCGUCAUCCCCGCCCUGGAUGUUUUCCAGCUGCGGCCAGCCUGCCAGCAGGUCUACAACCUCUUCCACCCCGCCGACCCGUCCGCCUCCCGCCUGGAGCCGCUGCUGGAGCGCCGCUUCCACGCCCUGCCGCCCUUCAGCAUCCCCCGCUACCAGCGCUACCCGCUGGGGGACGGCUGCGCCACGCUGCUGGUCGAGACCGUGCAGAGAAACCCCGAGCUGGUCCUGGAGGGUGGCCCCCUGGCCCCUCUCCCCCAUGGGGACGGCUUCCUGGAAACCAGUAUCCCUGUUCCCGCGCUCACCUGGCAAGAUGGGCCCCGCCAGAGCCUGGGCUGUGCUGAGUCAGAUGCACUCCAGACUCACAACGUGGUCUUCCAAGAGCACGCAGCCCCCGCGUCGCCCGGCACGGCCCCCGCCAGCCGAGGCUUCCGCAGAGCCAGCGAGAUCAGCAUCGCCAGCCAGGUGUCCGGCCUGGCCGAGAGCUACACGGCCUCCAGCAUCGCCCAGAAGGCACCCCCAGCACUCAGCCGCAGCCCCCGCGUCAGGCGCCUGUCCCAGCUCGCCCUCCCCUCCCCUCCCCCCGCCACCCCCGGGCCCUGCCCCCCGGGGGGCCCCAGCCUGGAGAGGGCGCCCGGCCUCCGUGACAGGGACGUCAGAGCAGUUGCUGCCAGGUGGUGGGGCCAGAAGCGGAUCGACUACGCCCUGUACUGCCCGGACGCCCUCACGGCCUUCCCCACGGUGGCCCUGCCCCACCUCUUCCAUGCCAGCUACUGGGAGUCAACGGACGUGGUGUCCUUCCUGCUCAGACAGGUCAUGAGGCACGACAGCUCCAGCAUCUUGGAGCUGGAUGGCAAAGAGGUGUCAGUGUUCACCCCGUCACAGCCCAGAGAGAAGUGGCAGCGCAAGAGGACACACGUGAAGCUGCGGAACGUGGCGGCCAACCACCGGCUCAGCGACGCGGUUGCCAACGAAGAUGGCCCACAAGUCGUGACGGGCCGCUUCAUGUACGGACCCCUGGACAUGGUCACCCUGACCGGGGAGAAGGUGGACGUGCACAUCAUGACACAGCCGCCCUCGGGGGAGUGGCUAUACCUGGACACUCUGGUGACCAACAGCAGUGGGCGUGUGUCCUACACAAUCCCUGAGACACACCGGCUGGGAGUGGGUGUCUACCCCAUCAAGAUGGUGGUCAGGGGAGACCACACGUUUGCUGACAGCUACAUCACCGUGCUGCCCAAGGGCACGGAGUUUGUGGUCUUCAGCAUCGACGGCUCCUUUGCCGCCAGCGUGUCCAUCAUGGGCAGCGACCCCAAGGUGCGGGCCGGGGCCGUGGACGUGGUGCGGCACUGGCAGGACCUGGGCUACCUCAUCAUCUACGUGACGGGCCGGCCAGAUAUGCAGAAGCAGCGGGUGGUGGCGUGGCUGGCCCAGCACAACUUCCCCCACGGCGUGGUGUCCUUCUGUGACGGCCUGGUGCACGACCCGCUGCGGCACAAGGCCAACUUCCUGAAGCUGCUCAUCUCCGAGCUGCACCUGCGCGUGCACGCGGCCUACGGCUCUACGAAAGACGUGGCCGUCUACAGCUCCAUCAGCCUGUCCCCCAUGCAGAUCUACAUCGUGGGGCGGCCCACCAAGAAGCUGCAGCAGCAGUGCCAGUUCAUCACGGACGGCUAUGCAGCCCACCUGGCCCAGCUCAAGUACAACCACCGGGCACGGCCAGCCCGCAACACGGCCACCCGCAUGGCACUACGCAAGGGCAGCUUCGGCCUUCCUGGCCAGGGGGACUUCCUGCGCUCGCGGAACCACCUGCUCCGCACCAUCUCAGCCCAGCCCAGCGGCCUCAGCCACCGACAUGAGCGGACGCAGGGCCAGGCAGACUGUGAGCAGCGAGGCCAGCGCAGCAUGAGCAUGGCGGCCAGCUGCUGGGGCCGCGCCAUGACAGGCCGGCCGGAGCCAGGGACAGCCACGGGCCCCAAGUAGGGCACCGUCAGUGAGGCCCUGUGGUCUCCAUGGUGCUAGGCCAGGGCUCCAGCCUCACCGGGAGGCCUGGCCUGAGCACACACAGGUGGCUGGGGAUGAGCAGACACGCCUGGGAGCUUGUCCCAGGGCCCCUUGGAGGACACGGGCCUUGCCACCCAGUCCUCCGGCCCUGCCUCGUGUCCUAGGGCUGCAGCGUCCAGCAUAUCGUGGAAGAUGGCAGGACAACCAGCCCAGGACAACAGAAGGACCAGGACACCCCUUAGCCUGGCCUGGGAGGCACUUCUGGACAUUGUGCCCUGUGUUGGUCUCCGAGCUCCUGGUGCCAGGGGUGGGCCCGGGCCCAUCCUGCCACUUCCCUAUCCAUAUCCUCCACCCCCAGGUCCCCUCCCAUUUGGUAGCAGCUCCCACAGGGGUCCAGUCUGCUUCUCGUUGACUUGUUUCCCAACUGUUCGACCUCACUGGUUUUGCACUGGUUUUUGUGAGUGGAGACCCAUUACCAUCUAUGGCUACAGAGGCGUCGGCAUGCAUGAAAUUCAGUAUUUGCUGAUCCAGGACCUGCUACCACAGAAGGUUCCAGUUUGGCAAGCCCCCGUGCAAGCAGGAGAGAAAGGCCACAUCUUGAUUUCUGCAGCCCUGCCUGGCCUGCCAGCGCCGCGGCAGCCCCGGGUCCUGCCCCAGCUGGAGCCCAAUCCAGUCACAGGGCUGGUGGUACUUCCAGCCCUGAGCACAGCCCAGGCAUGAGGCCAUGAAACACAAGGCCGGUUCCCCCGCAGUCCCACCUGGGCCGCAGGGUCUGGACAAGCCUGGCCUCUUCCCCUUGCCUGCCACCAGUCAGGGCCCCAGGCCAUGGCCCUUCCCUGCCUGCCCUCCGCCUUUCUACUUCUCCACCUGAUUUCUAUGAGGUUUUUUAAAUGAGCAAUCCUCGGCUGCUUCCUUUCUUAACUCUUUCAGUACCAAGCGCAGCCCCUCCACAUGAGAACACCCAGCACUGUGACGGAGUCCAGCCUGGUUCUGGGUCCGUGGGCCUGCCCCAGCCCGCUCAGCGGGGUGCGGGCUCCCCGCCUCACCUGACCGUUAAUUCCACUGAAUUUCUACGGGGGAGGGGGAGGGGGGUGAGGCCACACCUAGUUUUUUAAUGCCAAUUCCGUUCCGUUUCGACGCUGAAUCUAAGCCACAGCUCGCUUGCUAGCUUACAGGCAGGCAGCCACGACUUCGGUCCUCACCUGCACCAGGAGUGCUGCGCCCGGGCCUGACCCCUGCCGCCCUCACAAGCACCGGGCAACCUCGGCACUCUGCUCCUGACACUCCGACAACCUGGAUACAGCUCAGGGCCACAGGGCUGGGCCGGAGGUGCAGGCUAACGGCAGUGUUCCCCGAGUGUAGAUAUGUACAGCCGAAGGGUGGUGUAAAUGUUCUGCAAAGCGGGCCUGUACAGAGGGAGAGCUAUUUAUUUUGUGCAGAGAAAAGUACCCGGGGGUUGGCACCUCGGGCUUAUUCACAUUUAAGGCGUAGCUUUUUGUUGUUGCAGGCGUCACGUGUAAAGCAGCGAUUACUUUAUGGACCGAGUAGCCACAUAACUGUUGCCGUGAAAGUGCAAUAGCUGACCCCCUGCUCCCCAGCGGGAGUCACUGGCCCGACAAUCACAGCCCCGGGCAGGGGCCCCUGUGGCCAGUGCUGCCGCCUCUGUCAGCCCCAUCUUGCCCCAUCUCACCUACACCUCAGUGACUAGCCAUCUGGAGAAGCACCUGGAAGUCCUGGGCCCGCCUGCAAUAAAGGCCGGGAGGCCCUGUGGGCAGUGGACUCAGGCUCUCCCAAGGAAGCCCCCAUGGCUCCGUGCCCCCCGCAGCCUGCCCAGUCGCCAGCCAUGCCAAGGACAACAGCAAUAGUCCCCUGGGCCUCUCCCAGGGCCCUCAGCCAUAGACGGUGAGACGGGCAGCCUCCCUUCCAAGUCUCUCUUCUGUAUCCAGGUCUGCUUUCUGCCUCCCUAGAUUCCUUUCACCACGCCUCCUGAGGAAGCACCAGUUUUUCAGAAACCAAGAGAGGGAAGGGCAAAGUCCUUUAAAUACCAAAAAUGUUUACAGUGUCGGGUGCUGAGCUGCAGGGCUCAGGCCUGACCAGUCGUAACCAAAGGGUGAGGCAGGCCUUGCUGACUGCCACCCCCACCCCAGGCCUGUUAGAAUAGAAGCCUUAGUCCACCCCACCUGCCCCGAACCCCAGGACUGAGCCUCAGCCACCACCCAGCUCCACCACCUGCCUUCUCUUUGAUUUCUAAAGAGGGAUUCAGCAGAGACCCACCCCUUCCUGGCUCAGUCUGAGCUGCCUGCCUCCUGCCCCACCCCAUUGCCGCCUUCACAUCUGGGCCCCUCCUGUCUGUCCUCGUGCUGUCUGUCUCUGGGUCAUGUGUGAACAGUGUCCCCACACCCUCCCUGCUGUCCCUGCAUCAUUGGGCCUGAGUGUGCUCUGUAUACGUCACUGUCUGUUACACCAAUUAAAGAAGCAGGAAGGCU